AGCGCUCUGCAUAAUUCACUACAAUUAUUGCGGUACAGUAAAAUUAAGUCCCCAUGACUUUUCCUAUAUAGGGAAAUUAAGUCUCGAAGUACCUGCCAUUGUUGUUACAGUAAAAUGGAUAUCUGUUAUAGAGCAAGCUUGGUCUUGGCUUUGGCUUUGGCUUUGGCUUUUCUAAUAAGUGGAGAAUAUGCACAAGAAACUCUUGUUCCUGCUAUUAUCACAUUUGGAGACUCAGGCCUGGAUGUUGGGAACAAUGACUAUCUCCCAACAAAAUUCAAGGCCAAUUACUCUCCUUAUGGAAAGGACUUCCUCAAUCAUAGGCCUACUGGGAGGUUCUGCAAUGGCAAAUUGAUCUCCGACAUAAUCGCUGAAACUAUGGGGUUUAAGACUUAUCCACCGGCAUACCUUAGCAGGGAUGCAUCAGGGGAGAACCUUCUAAUUGGAGCUAGCUUUGCAUCGGCUGCAUCUGGUUUUGAUGAUAAAAUUGUCAUAGCAAAUAACGCUAUUCCAUUGCAUCAGCAGCUGCAGUAUUUCAAAGAAUACAAAAGUAAGCUAGCCAAGGUGGCUGGUUCUAACAAAUCGAUGUCGAUCAUUAAGGAUGCACUGUACUUAUUGAGUGCAGGAACCAGUGACUUCCUCCUUAACUACUAUAUAAAUCCACAGAUAAAUAAAAUUUACACUCCUGAUCAAUAUGGUUCCUUCCUUGUCACUGCAUUCUCAAGCUUUGUUAAGGAUUUGUAUGGGUUAGGGGCUAGGAGGCUUGGAGUAUCUUCACUCCCACCAUUGGGUUGUGUUCCUGCAGCUCGUGCCUUGUUUGGAUUUCUUGAAAAUGGGUGCGUCUCCAGGAUCAACGAUGAUGCCCAGAAAUUUAACAAUAAGAUCAACUUUACUGCUGCAAAUCUCCAAAAGCUACUUCCUGGUCUAAAGAUUGUUGUAUUUGACAUGUUCAAACCAUUCUAUGACCUUCUUCAAACACCUUCAAAUUAUGGUUUUGUGGAAGCAAGAAGAGGUUGCUGUAAGACUGAGACGGGCACUGUAGAGACAAUAACAACAACACUUCUGUGCAAUUCAAAGUCCCCAGGAACCUGCACCAAUGCCACCCAGUUUGUGUUUUGGGAUGGUAUACAUCCAUCCGAGGCUGCUAACCAGAUUCUUGCAGAUGGACUGAUUGUCCAGGGCUUCUCCCUCAUUUGAAGAAGACACGUCUUUUUUAAUAAAAUAUAUAAUAUAUUUUAAAUAACUAUCACUGUAAAAUAUCAUGUUAUCAGUGGGUUUCACGAAAAUGGGUGUAUCUCUAUCAUGAAUUAUCAUUGUCAAAUCUCAUGUUAAAAAAGCAUUGGCUUUAACGUUGCUAACGAACAUUCAAGGAACAUAAACUUCAGCUCCGAGAAA